GGGCGGCCGGUCGCGCGCGGCCAUGUGGCGGCUGCUGGCUCGGGCCGGGGCGCCGCUCCUGCGGGCGCGGACGUCAGGUCCCCGGGCCGCCCCGCCCGCCCGCGCUGGGCUGAAGACGCUGCUCCCGGUGCCGACCUUCGAGGAUGUUUCCAUUCCGGAGAAGCCCAAGCUUAGAUUUGUGGAAAGGGUACCACUCGUGCCAAAAGUGAGGCGAGAACCUAAGAACUUGAGCGACAUCCGGGGACCUUCUACGGAAGCCACUGAGUUCACGGAGGGCAACUUUGCAAUCUUGGCGCUGGGUGGUGGUUACCUCCAUUGGGGCCAUUUUGAAAUGAUGCGCCUGACAAUCAACCGCUCCAUGGACCCCAAGAACAUGUUUGCUUUAUGGAGAGUACCGGCCCCUUUCAAGCCCAUUACCCGCAAGGGUGUGGGACAGCGCAUGGGGGGUGGCAAAGGUGCCAUUGAUCACUACGUGACCCCCGUGAAGGCUGGCCGUCUCAUAGUAGAGUUGGGCGGGCGUUGUGAAUUCAAGGAGGUACAAGGUUUCCUCGACCAGGUUGCCCACAAGUUGCCGUUCACAGCGAAGGCCGUGAGCCGAGAGACUCUAGAGAAGAUGCGGAGAGAUCAGGAGGAGCGAGAACAGAACAACCAAAACCCCUGGACCUUUGAGCGCAUAGUCACCGCCAACAUGCUGGGGAUUCGGAAAUACCUGAGCCCGUACGACUUGACCCAGAAGGGGCGGUACUGGGGCAAGUUCUACAUGCCUGAGCGAGUGUAGGGAGGAUGGGAGACGGAGGUGGACAAAGGCCACGGAGAGAAAGGACCUACCCUUUCAGUCUCGGGGGCUCCGACAGCUAACUGAGGAGCAGUGGAUGAGUAAGUGGCUUCUGGAAAAUGGUACCAUAUCUCUUGUUUUAAAGGCAUCCUAUUUACAUUAAAUAACGUUUGAAUGUCCCCUCAGAGUA